CUGGACAUGAGGUGGAUACUAUUCUUCGGGGCCCUUAUAGGGUCUAUCUAUUGCAGGGAAAAGUUUAAUGGGCACCAGGUUUUUCAAAUUAAAGUCCAGGAUGAAAAGCAGAUUAGCAAAUUGAAAGAACUGGUCAACAUGGAGAACUCCAAGCUCAAUUUUUGGAAACUGCCUGCCACCCCUGAGCGUUCUGUGGAUGUCGUGGUUCCAUCAGCUAGUUUGAAACUUGUCAAAGCCUUCCUGGAAUCCCAUGGCUUAGAGUACACAAUCUCCAUUAAAGACCUGCAGGCUCUCCUUGAUGAAGAAGUUAAAGAAAUGAAAUACAAUAGAGGAAAAGAACGGAAUAAUGGUGACUUCAACUAUGGGGCUUAUCACAGCUUGGAAGAGCUUUAUCGUGAGAUGGACAACAUUGCUUCCGAGUACCCCAAAUUAGCAAGUCGGUUGGAGAUUGGUCGUUCUUUUGAAAAACGACCACUGUAUAUACUGAAGUUCAGCACUGGGAAAGGCAACAGACCCUCUAUUUGGCUAAAUGCUGGAAUCCACUCCCGUGAAUGGAUCACCCAGGCUACAGGAAUAUGGAUAGCCAGAAAGAUUGUAUCUGACUAUGGGCAUGAACCAACCAUCACCUCCAUCUUGGAUAAAAUGGAUAUCUUCCUGAUGCCUGUGGCAAAUCCUGACGGAUAUGUCUAUUCUCAAACCAAAGACCGCUUCUGGAGGAAGACCCGAUCCCGUACUCCUGGAAAUCGAUGUGUAGGAGUUGACCCAAAUAGGAACUGGGAUGUAGGCUUUUUAGGAAAGGGAGCCAGUAACAAUCCCUGUUCUGAAGUAUACCGUGGACCCAAGCCUCAUUCAGAAGUAGAAGUGAAAUCUGUGAUGGAUUUCAUCAACAGCCAUGGGAACUUCAAAAGCUUCAUUGAUAUGCACAGCUACUCACAGCUCCUGAUGUAUCCUUAUGGCUACACAUGCAGCAAGGCCCCUGACACUAAGGAACUGGACAAGGUUGGAAAACAUGCAGCAAAAGCCUUGUACUCCUUGUUUGGCACCAGGUACCGAGUGGGAGCGAUCUGCCCAACUGUGUACCAGGCCAGCGGCAGCAGCAUAGACUGGGCCUAUGAAAAUGGAAUUAAAUACGCUUUCACUUUUGAGCUGCGAGACACUGGACACUACGGCUUCCUUCUGCCGGCUAAGCAGAUCCUCCCCACUGCCCAGGAGACCUGGCUGGCCCUACAAGUGAUCAUGAAGCACGUUAAAGCCCACCUCUACUAG